AAGUAGUCGCCCAGAAACGAUUUUGGUCUCUCGCUUCCCUCACUUAUAUCUUCCUUCGCAAGCAAUUAGUCUCACUCUAGGGUUUCCACAAUCACUGAAGAGCAAUGCUACUUCAACUUCCUCGCCUGACUAGUUCCUUGAGAGGCCCAUUCGACGUCGAUCACGCUUACCUCCAACGCAAAGCCUUCCUCCAGAGCCGCCAACCUCGCAGUGCCGGGAACACGCUCGAAGAGUCCGGCCUUGCGAAAAGGAUCGUCCGCAGAUGGGAUGAAGCUUCGUACGAAGUGCGGCAAGCGUAUAAGCAGUUCGUGGGCGCGGUUGUGGAGUUGAUUGGCGGGGAAGUAUCAUCCGAGGAGUUUCAGGAGGCGGCUUUAGCAAUUUAUGGGGUUUUCGCCAAGACAGUGGAGGAGGACGAGAUCAUUAGAAGGAUUGACGAGAAGAGGUUGGACUUGCAAAACGUACUUGGUCAUGCUGUAUUGGAUGACAGUCUGCGAAAAGUUGCCUCUCUAGCCCAGAGACUUUCACUUUUGCAGUCUAAUGACAGUUUGGAUGUGUUUGUUCCGGAUAGGGAAACAUAUGGUACUCUUGAUGAUUUAGAAUUUGGUGCGAAUCUUGUUUUCCAACCGCCUUCUCGGUUUGUGGUUGAUGUCUCUUUGGAGGAUGGAGAUUUGUUCGAGGAAAGUACUCUGCGUUAUUAUUUCCCUCAACAUGGAUGGUAUGACCACAACAACCCCAUUAAUUAUGAUCCUUCUGCUGACAGUAAACUCUUUGAUUUGCGGUGGUUAAGAGAUGCUUGUGACAAAAUAUUGAAGGGGAGUACCUCACAGCUUCCCCGUGAUGAACUGGCUAUGGCUAUCUGCCGGGUACUUGAUUCAGAAAAGCCUGGUGAUGAGGUAGCUGGUGAUCUUUUGGAUCUUGCUGGGGAUGGUGCAUUUGAAAUAGUUCAAGACCUAAUAUUGCACAGAAAGGAACUUGUUGAUGCUAUCCACCAUGGGCUUCUGAUACUGAAAUCGGACAAACCUGCUACAAACACUCAAUCACGCAUGCCUAGCUACGGAACUCAGGUUACUGUUCAAACAGAGUCUGAACGGCAAAUUGAUAAACUUCGGCGAAAGGAAGAAAAACGGAGUAGGCGUGGGGCAGAUUAUGGAGCUGAGGAUAGUUUGUCUGCCCUGAGCUUUAGUUCUUUGCUCCAAGCAAGUGAAAAUAAAAGCCCGUUUGAUGAUUUGAUUGGGUCUGGUGAAGGGUCACAACUUGCAGCCACUUCUCUUCCCCGAGGAACUAUCAGGAAACACUACAAGGGAUAUGAAGAAGUCAAAAUUCCACCAACUCCAACUGCAUCAAUGAAACCUGGGGAAAAACUGAUUGAGAUAAAGGAGUUAGAUGAGUUUGCUCAAGCUGCGUUCCAUGGCUACAAAUCUCUAAACCGUAUCCAGAGCAGAAUAUUUCAGACUACUUAUUACAGUAAUGAGAAUAUACUAGUUUGUGCUCCAACAGGAGCUGGUAAAACAAAUAUUGCUAUGAUUGCUGUUCUACAUGAGAUUGGACAACAUUUCAAGGAUGGUUACUUGCAUAAAUAUGAAUUUAAGAUAGUUUAUGUUGCUCCCAUGAAGGCAUUAGCAGCAGAGGUUACCUCUACUUUUAGCCAUCGUUUAUCUCCAUUGAACAUGACAGUGAAAGAACUUACUGGAGACAUGCAACUCUCUAAGAGUGAACUUGAAGAAACUCAGAUGAUUGUGACUACGCCUGAGAAAUGGGAUGUCAUUACUCGUAAAAGUAGUGACAUGUCACUCUCAAUGCUUGUAAAGCUGCUAAUUAUUGACGAAGUACAUCUGUUGAAUGAUGAUAGAGGUCCUGUAAUAGAAGCAUUAGUUGCUCGAACACUUCGCCAGGUUGAGUCCACACAGAGCAUGAUACGCAUUGUAGGCCUCUCAGCUACUUUACCAAACUAUAUGGAGGUUGCUCAAUUUCUAAGGGUGAAUCCAGAUGCGGGCCUUUUCUUCUUUGACUCAAGCUACCGUCCCGUGCCUCUUGCUCAGCAGUAUAUUGGGAUUAGUGAGCAUAAUUUUCAAGCUCGCAACAAUCUGUUGAAUGAAAUAUGCUACAAUAAGGUUGUUGAUUCAUUAAGACAAGGGCAUCAGGCUAUGGUUUUUGUACAUUCACGGAAAGACACAGGGAAAACAGCCAAUAAACUGGCUGAACUUGCCCAGAAAAAUGGCGAACUGGAUCUUUUUAUAACUGAUACACAUCCACAGUUUGAGUUGAGGAAGAGGGAAGUGUUGAAGUCCAGAAACAAGGAGCUUGUUCAACUCUUUGAAUAUGGUAUUGGCAUCCAUCAUGCUGGGAUGUUACGCACCGAUAGGGGUUUAACUGAACGUCUUUUCGCUGAUGGACUAUUGAAAGUGCUCGUAUGCACAGCUACUUUGGCAUGGGGAGUAAAUUUACCAGCACACACUGUCGUGAUUAAGGGAACUCAAUUGUAUGAUCCUAAAGCUGGUGGGUGGCGAGACCUGGGAAUGCUUGAUGUUAUGCAGAUCUUUGGACGUGCUGGAAGACCUCAGUUUGACAAAAGUGGCGAGGGCAUUAUAAUCACAACUCAUGACAAAUUAGCUUACUAUCUACGGCUACUGACAAGUCAACUUCCAAUUGAAAGUCAGUUUAUUAGUUCUUUGAGAGAUAAUUUAAAUGCAGAGGUGGUUCUGGGUACGGUGACAAAUGUGAAGGAAGCUUGUGCAUGGCUUGGAUAUACCUAUCUUUUUAUAAGAAUGAAAAAGAAUCCGUUGGCAUAUGGUAUUGGAUGGGAUGAGGUUAUUGCAGAUCCUUCUUUGACUUUAAAGCAAAGGGCACUUGUGGCAGAUGCCGCACGUGCACUUGACAAAGCAAAAAUGAUGCGUUUUGAUGAGAAAAGUGGCAAUUUUUACUGCACUGAGCUUGGCCGGAUUGCAAGCCACUUUUAUAUCCAGUACUCUAGUGUUGAAACAUACAAUGAAAUGUUGAGACGCCAUAUGAAUGACAGCGAGGUAAUUGACAUGGUAGCUCAUUCUUCUGAGUUCGAAAACAUUGUUGUUCGAGAUGAGGAACAGAAUGAGCUCGAAAAGAUGGUCCGGGUGUCAUGUCCUUUGGAAGUUAAGGGUGGGCCUACAAGCAAACAUGGAAAAGUUUCAAUUCUUAUUCAGUUGUACAUUUCUCGGGGCUCUAUAGAUUCAUUCUCAUUGGUAUCUGAUGCUGCAUAUAUAAGUGCAAGCUUGGCUCGUAUCAUGAGGGCCCUGUUUGAAAUCUGUUUGGGCAGAGGGUGGUGUGAAAUGUCUUCAUUCAUGUUGGACUAUUGCAAAGCUGUGGAUCGUCAAAUUUGGCCCCAUCAAAAUCCCCUCAGACAAUUUGACAAAGAUAUUUCAACAGAAAUACUGCGGAAGCUCGAAGAGCGAGGGGUUGACUUGGACCACCUCCGAGAGAUGGAAGAGAGAGAUAUUGGAGCACUGAUUCGUUUUGCGCCUGGAGGAAGGGUGGUUAAGCAAUACCUGGGAUAUUUCCCAUUGAUCCAGUUAUCUGCAACUGUAAGCCCAAUCACCAGGACAGUUUUGAAGGUGGAUUUGCUCAUAACUCCAGAUUUCACAUGGAAGGAUCGUUUUCAUGGGGUUGCACUACAUUGGUGGAUUCUUGUUGAGGAUUCAGAGAAUGAUCAUAUUUAUCACUCAGAGUUUUUUACAUUGACGAAGCGGAAGGCAAAAGCAGAACCACAGAAGCUUUCUUUUACUGUGCCAAUUUUUGAGCCACAUCCUCCUCAAUAUUACAUUCGUGCUGUUUCGGAUUCUUGGCUUCAUGCAGAGGCUCUAUACACCAUAUCUUUCCAGAAUCUAGCACUUCCAGAGGGUCGUACAUCCCACACUGAGCUGCUAGACUUGAAACCUCUCCCUGUUACUGCACUUGGCAACAAAACUUUUGAAGCCUUGUACAACUUUUCACACUUCAAUCCUAUCCAAACACAGACUUUUCAUGUGCUGUAUCACACCGAUGUGAAUGUUCUCCUAGGAGCUCCAACCGGUAGUGGGAAAACUAUAUCUGCAGAGCUUGCAAUGCUCCAUCUUUUCAACACCCAGCCUGAUAUGAAAGUUAUUUAUAUAGCACCCCUGAAGGCUAUUGUGCGAGAAAGAAUAAACGACUGGCGGAAACGUUUAGUAUCUCAACUUGGAAAGGAGAUGGUUGAAAUGACAGGGGAUUAUACCCCAGAUUUGAUGGCUCUCUUGUCAGCUGAUAUCAUAAUUUCUACUCCUGAAAAGUGGGAUGGCAUUAGUCGUAACUGGCAUAGUAGAAGCUAUGUUAAAAAGGUUGGGCUUAUGAUUUUGGAUGAAAUUCACUUGCUUGGAGCUGAUCGUGGACCCAUACUUGAGGUUAUUAUCUCAAGAAUGAGAUACAUAUCAUCGCAGACAGAGCGUGCCAUUCGGUUUGUUGGCCUUUCAACGGCAUUAGCAAAUGCACAUGAUUUAGCUGACUGGCUGGGUGUUGGGGAAAGUGGACUGUUUAACUUCAAGCCUAGUGUGAGGCCGGUACCUCUUGAAGUUCAUAUUCAGGGAUACCCAGGGAAGUUUUACUGCCCAAGGAUGGCGAGCAUGAACAAACCCACGUAUGCUGCCAUAUGUACCCAUUCACCUACAAAGCCAGUUCUAAUAUUUGUUUCUUCUCGGCGCCAGACAAGGCUUACUGCACUGGACCUAAUUCAGUUUGCAGCCUCGGAUGAGCAUCCAAGACAAUUUAUUAGUAUGCCAGAAGAAGCAUUACAGAUGAUUCUUUCUCAAGUCACUGAUCAAAAUCUCAAGCACACUUUACAAUUUGGGAUUGGAUUGCACCAUGCUGGACUCAAUGACAGGGACAGAUCUCUGGUUGAGGAACUUUUUGCGAACAACAAGAUUCAAGUAUUGGUUUGUACAAGUACAUUGGCAUGGGGUGUAAACCUUCCGGCUCAUUUGGUUAUUAUCAAGGGAACAGAGUACUAUGAUGCGAAAACAAAGCGGUAUGUUGAUUUUCCAAUCACGGAUAUCUUGCAAAUGAUGGGUCGUGCAGGCAGACCACAAUAUGAUCAACAUGGGAAAGCUGUCAUUCUUGUCCAUGAACCAAAAAAGAGCUUCUAUAAAAAGUUUCUGUAUGAACCUUUUCCAGUUGAGAGUAGUCUAAGGGAGCACUUGCAUGAUCACAUAAAUGCUGAGAUAGUUUCGGGUACAAUUUGCCAUAAAGAGGAUGCAGUACAUUAUCUCACCUGGACUUAUUUAUUCCGAAGACUGAUGGUAAAUCCAGCUUACUAUGGCUUAGAAGGUACUGAAUCUGGGACUCUGAGUUCUUACUUAUCAAGCUUGGUGCAAAACACGUUUGAGGAUCUAGAGGACAGUGUAUGUGUAAGGCUGAAUGAAGACAGUGUGGAGCCUAUUAUGUUGGGCUCAAUUGCCUCUCAAUAUUACCUCAGCUACAAGACCGUGUCAAUGUUUGGUGCAAAUAUAGGCACAGAUACAUCACUUGAAGUUUUCCUUCACAUACUGUCUGGUGCAUCUGAAUAUGAUGAGCUUCCUGUGCGGCAUAAUGAGGAGAAUUACAAUGAGGCAUUAUCUCAUAAAGUUCCAUAUAUGGUGGAUAAGAAUCGUCUAGAUGAUCCACAUGUUAAAGCAAAUCUACUUUUCCAGGCACACUUUUCGCAGCUAGAAUUACCAAUCACUGACUACAUCACGGACUUAAAAUCUGUGUUGGAUCAAAGCAUACGUAUCAUACAGGCCAUGAUAGAUAUAUGUGCUAACAGUGGAUGGCUUUCCAGCACAAUCACUUGUAUGCAUCUUCUUCAAAUGAUCAUGCAGGGUCUAUGGUUUGGCGAGGAUUCCUCUCUAUGGAUGUUGCCAUGCAUGAAUGAUGAUCUUGUGAGUUUGCUAAGAAGAAAGGGAGUUUCCAGUGUCCAACAACUACUGGAUCUUUCCAAGUCAACGUUGCAUGCUCUCAUUGGAAAUUCAACUGCUUCAAGAUUAUAUCAGGACCUGGAGCAUUUUCCCCGUGUCCAAGUUAGAUUGAAACUUCAGAAAAGGAAUCCUGAUGCUGGGAGAGCUUCCAAUCUGAAUGUUCGACUGGAAAAAAUAAAUUCCCGCCGCAAAACAUCAAGAGCUUUUGCCCCUCGAUUCCCAAAGUUCAAAAAUGAAGCAUGGUGGUUAGUUCUUGGCAAUACCUCGACAUCUGAACUCUAUGCUCUAAAGAGAAUUUCUUUUUCUGAUAGAUUGGCCACCCACAUGGAGUUGCCAUCAACACCAACUGCUAUUCAGGGGCUGAAGCUGAUUCUAGUGUCAGAUUGUUACCUUGGAUUUGAUCGAGUUUACUCCAUCGAGGAACUUGCAGAACCUUAAUUAACUAGAAGCUGCAAUUUGGGUAAGAUUUGAACAUGCCAUAGGCCAAAAGUGACACACUUAAUUACAUCAGAUCAUCCGUGUUCAGAUCCAGAUUAGUGAACAUUACCAUAAGAUUGUUCAUUUUUGUAUCAGCAAUUGACUUCAUAAGUAGAUGUAGGAUUAGCCUUUUCAGAUGCUGAUUAAUCUGUCAUUCCUAUAGACCGCAUCUUUGAAAUGGGUUCAUUAAGUAAUUGGAUUUUUGUA